AUGGUGCGUUCAGCGGGGCCGGGCUGCGCCGUCGCGCUCGUCGCGCUGCUGUCGGCGGUCGCCGACGAGUCGGACCCCUACGCGGAUCUCUACGCGUCCCUGCUCGCGGGCCAGCUGCCCGGCGUGCUCACGGCCGCGGGCCCCGGCGUCUUCGACGACGGGCGGCGCCUGGCCUACUCCUACGCGCCGAAGCUCAACGCGACGACGAAGCGCGGGCGGCUCAACUACACCUACUUCUCGCCGGCGCCCUUCGCCUACCGGGACACGGCGAACCCCUGGGCGGCCUUCUUCGCCUUCGACGGCGACUACUGGGACGGCGACGAGCUGCGCUACCCCAACGCCGUCACAGACAUCGACGGGUCCUACGACCCCGGGAGCCGCACGCUCGUGCUCUGGGCGUCGCCGGCCCAGGCCAAGGCCGACUGGCUCGCCGCACUCCGGAGCGUGCUCUACCGGGCCAAGGCGUCGCUCAGCGUCAAGGACCGGCCCAACGUCCACACGCGCGUCGUCUGGAUCUCGCUCCUCGACGUCGAGGGCAACCGCGGGACCUCGUUCAACGUCACGAUCGCGCUGAAGACGGCGACGACGAUCAUCACGGACCGCUCCGGCGUCCGCCUCGACGCGGACGUGGAAGACGGCGACGAGCACGACGACGACGGCGCCGUCCUCGAGCCGGUGCCGCGCGCCGACGACGACGACGACGGCGCCGUCCUCGAGCCGGUGCCGCGCGCGGACGACGACGACGACGGCGCCGUUCUCGAGCCGGAGCCGCGCGCCGACGACGACGACGGCGGCGCCGUCGUCGAGCCGGAGCCGCGCGCGUACGACGACGAGGGCUGGUCCGACGGCCAGCGGCCGAGCCGCGGCGACCUCAUCCUCGAGGCCUGCGUCGACGCCGCCGUCGACUACUUCGCGCGGCGGCGCGACACGUACCCGGCCAUCGUGCGCCAGGGGAGCCGGCUCAACGCCGCCGCCGCGCGCGAGCUCUACGGCGCCGAGGACGGCGCCGCGGCGGCGGACGGCGACGGUCGGCGGCUCAACGCGCGCGAGCUGCGCGAGGCCAUGCGCGCCGCGGCGGGCCGCGUGCGGCGGCGCGGCGCGCUCCGCGCGUUCCGCGAGUCCGGCAACGCGGCGCUCCGCCGGGCCGUCACGGGCGACCCGGGGACGCGCGUCCGCGACCACGUGCGCCGCGUCGCCGGCGACAAGCGGCGGGCCAUGGCGGGCCGCGUGAAGACGCUCCGGCGCCGCGCGCGCGAGCCCGUCGUCGUUCGGGCCGUCGACAAGGCGCUCUUCACGCUGGGCGUGGGCUGGGUCGUCGCGACGGAGUACGUCGUCCUCGCGCGGCCCGAGCACUUUGGGGCCUGGUACGUCGCGAGCCUCGCGCCGCUGCUCGCGCACCGCGUCGUCACGUACCGGCGCCGGCGCUGGGCCUACUUCUGCCUCGACUUCUGCUACGCGCUCAACGCGCUCUGCAUGGGCCUCGCCGUCGCGGCGCUCGCGGGCGGGCGCGCGCGCGGCCGCUUGUUCGCGCUCGCCUUCGCGCUCGCGAACGGGCCCCUGCUCUCCGCGAUCCUCGUCUGGCGCAACUCGUUCAUCUUCCACUCGCUGGACCACGUGACGUCGACGGCGCUCCACGCGCUGCCGCCGAUGUGGACCUACGCCGUGCGCUGGGGCGGCGGCGGCGACGCCGGGCGCGCGCUCGGGUUCCCGGCGGCGGCGGACGCCGUCGCCGCGUACGCCGCCUGGCAGGCGCUCUACGUCCUGAAGACGGAGGUGGUCGACGCCGCGUACCUCCGAUCGACGCCCGACGAGUCGACGAGCCUGCGCUGGAUCGCGCGCGACGGGAAGAACGCCAUGAACCGGCUCUGCAAGGGGGUCCUCGUGUCCGGGGGCCUCAUGCGGCGCGACGAGGACUUCGACCCUUGCACGCGGAAGACGAAGCUCACGUUCUGGGCCGCGCAGCUGUUGUACACCGUCGUCACGCUCGCGCCCGCGCCGCUCAUGUGGCGGUCGCGCCGCGCGCACGAGGCGUUCCUGAUCGCCAUGUUCACGACGGCCGUCUACAACGGCGCGUCCUACUACAUCGAGGUGUUCUCGCGGCGCUACAACCUCAAGUUCGACGUCGCGGACGACGACGCGGGCGACGACGACGGCGACGACGGCGACGACGAGGACCACGGUAAGAUCGACGCCGGCGCCAUCGAGGCCAUCAUUUCGGGCCAGGCGUCGUCGGACACCGGGUACUCGCCCGUGAUCCAGGUCAUCAACGCGACGGAGAUCAAGAACAAUCAGACGGGCGCCGGCUCCGGCCGGUUCCGCAUCGUCAUCUCCGACGGCGCGCGGUUCACGACGUCGAUGGCGGCGUCGCAGCUCGCCACGAUGCUGAAGGGCGGCGAGCUCCAGGCCGGCUGCUUCGCGCGCCUGAACAAGUUCGUCCUGAACACGAUCCAGAACAAGUCGAUCGUCAUCCUCCUCGACGUCGCGGUCGUCGGCGCGCCGACCGGCCUCGUCGGCGCGCCGACGAGCUACCCCGACGGCGCGCCGCUCCCGAGCGCGACGGCGGCGGCCCUCGGCGGCCCCGCGGCCCCGGCCCCCGCGCGGGCCUUCGCGCCCCAGCACAACGCGCGGCCCGCGCCCGCGGCCGCGCCGAAGCCGCCGUCGAACUUCGGCGCCGCGAUGCGCGGCGCGGCCGCGCCGGGCGGCGGCGGCGCGUUCCGGUCCAUCAGCGAGCUCAACCCCUACCAGCAGCGCUUCACGAUCAAGGCGCGGGUCACGGCCAAGGGCCCCAUGCGCACCUGGAACAAGCCCACGUCGUCGGGCAACCUCUUCUCCGUCGACCUCCUCGACGGCUCCGGCGAGAUCCGCGGCACGUUCUUCAAGGAGGUCGCGGACAAGGUCUUCCCGCUCCUCGAGGAGGGCAAGGUCUACGUCUUCCAGGAGACGAGCGGGCGCCUCAAGCCGUCGAACAAGCAGUACACGUCCAUCCCCCACGAGUUCGAGGUCACGUUCGGCAACGUCACCGUCGAGCCCGCGGACGACGACGGCGCGAUCGCGCGCAUCGUCGGCGACUGGAAGAAGAUCUCCAUGUUCGCCGACGGCGGCGGCCCGCGCGAGGGCAACGUCGACAUCGUCGGCGUCAUCAAGGCCGCGUUCCCCGCGGGCCAGAUCACGUCGAAGCGCACGGGCCAGGAGCUCACGAAGCGCGAGGUCGUGCUCUGCGACGACAGCGGCUACGACGUGCGCCUCACGUUCUGGGGCGAGCUCGCGCUGCGCGACGACGCCUUCUUCGAGGCGCAGCCCGUGCUCGCGGCCAAGGGGCUCCGCGUGUCCGACUUCGGCGGCGUGUCGCUGUCGUCGGGCUUCGGGUCGCAGCUCAUCUUCGACGGCCAGGAGGACCCCGAGUCCCUGCGGCUCCGGGCCUGGUGGACCGAGGGCGGCGGCCGCGAGGCGCCGACGGUCGCGCUGACGGGCGCGUCCGGCGGCUCGGGCGCGCCCGCGGCGUUCGGCGACCGCAUCGUCCUCGACGACAUCAAGGGCCGGCAGCUCGGCUUCGGCGAGAAGCCCGACUACGUGACCUUCAAGGGCACGCUCAACUUCGUCAAGACCGACAGGCUCUGGUACGAGGCCUGCGCCCAGGAGGGCUGCCAGAAGAAGGUCGUGCAGAACUCCGACGGCACGUGGCACUGCGAGAAGUGCCAGGCGACGAACGCCGAGUGCAAGCGGCGCUACCUCAUGUCGUCGACCUUCGUCGACGACAGCGCCCAGUCCUGGGUCUCCGCCUUCAACGACCACGCGACGAAGAUCUUCCUCGGCGUCAACGCCGACGACCUCGCCGCGUACAAGGAGGAGGUCGAGAACGAGGACGGCAAGUUCGAGGACUACAUGAAGCAGUUCCUCUUCAAGCAGUACGUCGUCAAGGUCCGCGUCAAGUCCGAGGUCUGGCAGGAGCAGUCCCGCGUCAAGGCGUCCAUCGUCGACAUCUUCGACCUCGACUACGUCGCCGAGUCGCGGGACAUCCUCGCCGCGCUCGCGGCCGCCGUGGCGGAGCAGCCCGCCUUCGUGUUCACGGAGGACAAUUUCCGCGCGCCGAAGCUCCCCGCGAACCUCAAAGUCGUCGACGUGCCCCUCGUGGAGGCGACGGACGCGGCGCUGGAGGGUUUUGGGUACGUGCUCCACAGCGCCGACGAGCGCACGGUGGAGAAGAAGAACUUCGAGAUCGUCCAGUGGCCCGCCAAGGGCUGGCGCAAGUGCGACCCGGGCUGCGGCGACGAGGCGGGGACGACGGAGGGCCGGUUCGAGGUGCGGUGGGAGGGCGACUUCUUCUACGGAAACAACUUGGCCGUCGCGACGACGAACAACACGUACCUCGACGGCCUCGGCGCGCUGCCGGAGGUCGCGAGCGCCGACGAGGCGACCUGCGCCGGCGACGGGAAGGCGAUCUUGCUCUGGAUGAGCGACUACCACGGCGACGGCGCGCAGCUCUUCUUCCCCGAGCGGCGGCACCCCUUCGUCGUGUGCCUGGGCCCCGCGGCCUGCGGCGACGACGUCGCGCCGGCCGACAUGCGCGCCUUCUACGUGCCCGCGGGCAAGGGCGUCUACUUCCACCCGGGGACCUGGCACAACGGCGUCUACGUCGCCAAGGACGUCAUCGCGCGCCUCGGCGGCGACAAGGCGACGUUCCUCACGCGCCAGGGCAGGGUCCACAGCCGCUUCUCCGCGAGCUGGGCCGAGGAGUUCGGCUGCGUCCUGCGCGUCCCGCUGACCCUCUGA